AGGCGUAAUGGCGGCGCGCACCAUUUGAUUGCGUGUUUCAGGCGAUGUUGUGUCAAAUGUCGCCGUUUAUGCCCGGUUUGUCUUCGGCGUCUUUGUAUGACAACUAACGGAUCUUUCCGAGACUUCGUUAUGGCAUCGGAAGCCAAGCAAUCGGAGAUUCUCAAAAAGCUCGAACAGAUCCGUAAGGAUAUCGCAAGGAAAGAGCGUAAGCUACAGAAACUCAAGCGCCUUUCGUCUCACCGAAGUAGCGUGAGCAGCAAACCGAGCGACGAAUCACAUUCGAGCGUCGCAGACGACACGUCGCCUGUGCUGCAAGAAGUCGCCACACUCUCGCAGCGCGAGAUCUGCGAGGCCUCCGGCUCCAGAACCGAAACCGUGGUGACGAUAUCAUCGGCAACAUCAGGCGCCAAUGGCCCCGUUGAAAAUACGAGAAACGGUGAACCCCGGUUGCCGAGGCACCACGAAGAUUCCUCCACAUCGGAAGCGACACAUCUAUCGGAUAGUAAACUAACCUCCUCCACCAACACUCCGGACUGUGAACCGAACCCCGUACUGCCAAAAACGACACUUUCACCCAAACCGGCUAGUCGGGAUGCUUCUCGAGCAAGCUCGCGCGACGUGGCAAGACCGGAGCAACAGAGCGAGAUUGAGAGGAUUGGUCGUCUGCUAUACAGCGAUUCGCUGACAGACUCCGACAGAGCUACUCGAGAACGACUCGUCGACGCGACAGAUCAAGCUUUGACGGAUGCUUCCAAAGUCCGGUCCCCGUUAAAGAAAAAGAAGCGACGGAGCGCGGGGCUGGAUAGCACACCUUGUGUGAGCGCCACUGGCGAAUACAACUUGAGGAAACGGAAGUCCCUUCAAAGCCCUGCCUUUGUUGCGACAAAGGAAUCUAGGAUGAUAUUGAAUGCGUUCAGCAAGCUCGUACAGAAGGCGUCUACUUUUCCAGUCUUGCCCUUUGAAUCGUGUCAGGCCGAGCUCCUUUCUCCGAUGUUCGAGCGGAAGAGCUCCUCUGGCGACGAAGCCGAUGCUAGCAGCCAAUCUCCGGUGGCGGCAGCACCAAAAGUAGACCUCGGUUGUAGGGUACGGCGUCGACGGCGGAGGAGUUCGAUGAAAGUCAGAUCGGCAUCACCAUCAACAGAGGAUCAAGAAGCGUGCUCUCGACAAUUUAAUGCCGAUCUGCGGGUUUCUCCGCGUCAGAGUUUCAAGGUCGAAGUCGUAGAGUGCAAGGCGGGUCAGGGCAACCCUGCUUCGAGGUCACUUCGGCGGUUGCAGGAUGUGACUAUGUCAGGCAUAGCAGACGACAGAUCGGUGGCUGAAAAUGCGUGUAGAAAGCUAGGCGGUGGCUGCAGCCGGUCUGCCAAUAGCAUAAGCACUGUCACUGCUGUCAACGCAGAGCCAAUCUUGCUGUCGAGUUCAAAUCCAAGCCUAGUCGAGGUGAAGAAGGAAGUUGUAACUUGCGCCGAAGGUCAUGGCCCCACACCUGCAGCUCAGAGCGACAGUGACAAGACAGACUCAUCCCUUCCGAUCGCUACAGAUCAGUUUGUUCCACCGUUACUCCACGGCUCAAAAUGCAUCGUGAAGACGGAAUGUGUCGGCAAAAAGGCUGCUUUGACAUUGCCGGUCAUAACACCGGCGCUAGAGGACCAAGUUGAGCGUUGUCCCCGUUUCGCGGAUGGCGUCGUGGAAAAUCACGCCAACUGGAUUUUCGCUGAUUUCCGGAACUCGUGCAAACCCAAAGCUACGAGACUCGAGAAACAAUGUGUUGAUGCUCAGCCAAGUGUUUUGGGGCGUAGAGAAAGUUUCAACGCAAGUGAUCCAUUUGUUCCGAGCUACAGCAAACUUGAGUCCGAUGACCAGUUGAAAGAACUCGUCAACAGCGUCGUCCAGUGUUUAGAUGUGGAGGACGGUUCGCAAGACGGCUUUGGAAGGACAUCCGUCAGCGGAGGCGGCAGAUGUUCGGAAGGCGACAGCGGCGCAGAGGAAGAGAGAGUAUUGUCUGCCGCUGAAGCUUUGGCGAGGUUAACAGACGAAGCGAGGGAGGCGGACGACACAGAAGACGACGUGAACGGCGCGGAAGAGCUCGUGUCGAUGCGAGAGUCAGACGAAGAGAACGGAUGUGAAAGCUUCUGUUCCACGGAUUGCCAUACACCCUGCAGCCCGAGGGGAGUCAUCGGGGAUCAGAACCCACUCAUGUUCUUCUGCACGCUCAAGUGUCCUUUGGAGGAGCCUGUGACGGACGUCUGCUUUCUGGAUGGCAACCCCCGUGUCCUGGUUGCCGUGCAAGCCCAUGCCAUCUACAUGUGGCACUUUGCCGGUGUGUGGCAUCCAAGCCUUGCAGUGACCAGCUUGCAGUACAAGAUAGAAGACCAGCACUGCUUCCUGCGGUACGAGGGAUCCUCGUUUCUGGUCUACCUCAACUCCGGAGCUCCGUCACAGCUGGUCUGCGUCCAGUGGGAUCUCGACGCCUGCCAGAGUUCGCAGCUGAUGCUGACCUGUGGCAGCGAGUAUUGCACGGAUCCAAAAGGACGCCUGCGGAUCUACCUCCUGACGAAGCUGAGCGACGACUGCGUCGCGACGGCAUCACGGACCAGCAGCGGUACCUCUCGGAUACGUGUUCACCGGCUGCGGUACGUCUGCGGCGAAGUCGGAGACGAAACCGAAGUCGUCGGCUGGACGUCCGGCACCCUUCACACUCUCGUCGGCGUCGACGCACUUCCCAGCGCGCUGCUGGGAAACCAGGGCAACGUUUUCUACGUCUGGGACUACGAAGAAAAGGUUCUUGUGAAGAAGAUGAUUCUCGAGCCAAACUACUUCACCGACCUGCACCACAUUUGCUGGGCUUCCUCAGACUCUGGGCUCUUGUUCCUGUUGAUGCGCACGACUGAUGAAGAAGCUUGUCAUUUGCUCGUCGCCAACCCCUUCACCUGCAAAUCCCAGCUUGUCAACUCCUACGCAUGGCGUCGCGGCUCCAACCCAGCAAUACAAAGCAGACAUCAGCAGCCUCAGAUUCAAGGCCACUACAUGACAUGCAUCAGCCCAGAUUUGGGAAUCCGGAUAUGGAACUUGCUCGGCGGAAAUCCGGUAGCCGAAAUGCGAUCCAAGAAAGCGUCGUCUGUCGCAGUGGCAGACUUCUCCAAACAUUGUGUGGUCGCCGUGGGAAUGAAGCAUGGAACCGUGCUAGUGUUUACCUCUUAGCACGUUCCGGGAAAAAAAAUGUGUACAAUUAAGGACUUUGUGCAUUUUUA